AUGUCCGUGAGAGCAGUUCGUGUCACCGCCUUUGGUGGACCAGAGGUUCUCAAGCUGGAGACAAUCCCUAAACCAACACCAAAACAGGGAGAGGUUCUCAUUCGCGUCUACUCCUCUGGGGUCAAUCCUUGUGACACAUACAUCAGACGCGGAGAUUUCAGUCUUUCCAAUGUGCCGCCACCGUUUGUCACCGGACUGGAUGGUGCUGGGGUUGUAGAGGAGGUCGGUCAAGGUGUCACUGAGUUCAAGGCAGGAGAUCGUGUCUACAUUGUGGGUGAGUACUCCGGCACCUGCGCUGACUACACAGUUGCCCCUGUCAGAAACGUGGCCUCCCUGAGUGACCAGUUGUCGUUUGCCCAGGGAUCUUCCAUUGGUAUCCCAUACUACACGGCCUACAAGUCUUUGUACACGCUUGGCCGCGCCAGACCUGGGGAGACGGUCCUUAUCCAUGGAGCAAGUGGAGCGGUUGGAACCGCAGCCAUCCAGAUCGCUGUAGCUAAUGGACAGAGAGUGUUGGGGACUGCCGGCAGUGAGAAGGGGCUGGAGCUGGUCAAGAAGUUGGGAGCUGACCAGGUGUUUAACCACAGGGAGGAGGGCUACACAGACAAGAUACUGGAGGCCACAGGUGGAAAGGGCGUGGACGUGAUCCUGGAGAUGUUGGCCAAUGUCAACCUGGACAAGGACUUGGACAUCGUCGCCUUCAGGGGCCGCGUUGUGAUUGUUGGGAGCAGGGGAAAUGUUGAAAUCAGCCCAAACAAGUCAAUGGUGAAGGAAUCCACAGUUGUUGGGUGCGGGGUUUUCUACCUUGCAAAUGAAAGCGAAUGGACGGAGAUCAAGGCGGCUCUUAAUGCAGGGCAGAAGGUGGGCUGGCUGGUUCCAGUUGUGGCCAAAGAAUACCGGCUGGAAGAUGUGGCACAGGCUCACACUGACGUCAUCAACAACUCCGGCACCCUGGGCAAACUUGUGGUCAAUGUGGCAGGCAAUUAA